AUGGCCCCUCGUAUCCCAGCCGCCAAGUCCACCGAGACCCUUUGCUACGGCGUUGCCACGGUCGGCGCCUUCCUUCCCAUCUACCUCAUGCUUCCCGGUGCCGAGCAGCGUCUCGCCUCUCAGACAACAAAAUGGGCCCCUCGCUGGGAGCGGAAUCUCUCCUACUUCACACCAGCCGCCGAGAGGGGCAUCAAGCGUGUCGAGCCUCCCGUGUCUAACAUGGUUCGUCGUAUCGACAACCGGCUGCCCCUUGAGCGCAUUGCCAAGGGCCUCGACAAGCGUAUCAAGAACGGCAUCGACCGAUUCAACGUCCCCAAGUAA